AUGUAUAGGUGUACCUACAAAGUACCUAGGGUACAGUGCACAAAUCCAUAAUAUUAAUGAAAAAUGAAAAGUUGGAAUUUAUAAAAAUGUGAUUUUGUUAAUAAAAUAAGUGUAACUUUUUAUUUGAUGAAAUCAUUAUUGAAAUGGCUUUGAACUUGGAGAGCUGUGAUAGCUUGCCACCAGAUGAAGAACCUAAAUUGAAAUAUGAUCGAAUGGGUAAUGACGUUCAAAAUAUUCUACUAAAAGAUGCGGUUAGCUGCAUUUGUGUACACACUAAGUUUAUUUGCCUUGGUACGCAAUGGGGUGUCAUACACUUAUUGGAUCACGAAGGCAAUAUCGUGCCGAUAUCCCAGGACAACAGUCAGAAGUAUUUACAAGCACAUGCAAUCGCUGUAAACAAAAUAUCUGUUGAUUUAAAUGGUGAUUAUAUUGCCAGCUGUUCAGAUGAUGGAAAGGUGUUGGUGUAUGGCUUAUAUACAAAUGAUAACGCUCAUAGCUUAUCUUUGGGAAGAGUUGUUAAGUCAGUUGCCUUAGACCCUUACUAUUUUAAAUCUGGAUCUGGGAGAAGAUUUCUUACAGGUGACAACAAAUUAACUUUAUACGAAAAAACAUUUUUGAAUCGCUUACGUGCUACGGUAUUGUUUGCAUGUGAGGGGAAUGUGCAAGCUAUGGCAUGGCACGACAGGUUUGUAGCGUGGGCCAGCGAAGUUGGCGUUCGUGUUUACGACCUUGUGGCCAGAUGCUCUCUAGGUCUAAUUAAAUGGGAAAACACUCCCAACCGAUCUAUUGAAGACUUUCGUUGCAAUUUACUUUGGUCAGCAUCCAGGACUCUGAUGAUUGGGUGGGUGGACACCAUAAGAAUAUGUGUUAUACGAAAACGUAACCAAAUUGAAUUGCAGACACGUGAUGUAAGUGAAUAUCUUCUUGAUCCUGUGUACACUUUCCAGACUGACUACCAUAUAAGUGGGCUGGGACCACUAGAUGAUCAACUAGUGUUACUUGGCGUUCCAAAAGAGCCCGAUGGAGAAACUGGAAAAGCACAAAGGCCUGUUUUAUCUGUAGCUGAUUAUAAAGAUUGUGAGUUCUGUGAAGUUUCUACGGAUAGUCUUAAUAUUCGCGGAUAUGAAGAAUACUCAUUUAAUGACUACUAUUUAGACAUGCUUAUAGAAGAGAACAGGUUCUUUAUUGUAUCACCUAAAGAUAUUUUAAUAGCAAGCCCCUAUGACAUUGAUGAUAGGGUAAGCUGGCUAACAGAACACGGCAGAUUUGAAAAAGCAAUAUCAGUGUUAGGGGAAGUUGGAGGUAAAACUGCAAAGCACUCAGUUGUGUCAGUGGGAGUGCAAUAUUUGGACCACUUACUGUCAGAACACAUGUAUGAUGAUGCUGCUAUACUGUGUGCCAGAAUAUGUAAGAAUGAUAAAGUAUUAUGGGAGAACCAAAUAUUAAAAUUUGCUGAAGUAAAUCAAUUAAGAGCAAUUAGUUCUUAUGUCCCUAGAAACCCGGAUCAAGCCUUGAACUCACAUAUUUAUGAAUUGAUAUUUUACGAAUAUUUGAAAGUGGAUCCACCUGGCUUCUUAAAACUUGUUCAAGAGUUCAACUCAAUCAAUUCUUGUCUGUACAAUACGGGGGUUAUUAUAAAGGAAGUUUUGGAACAUUUGUUGACAACAGAAGUUGACAAAAAUAUUUAUUUAGAAGCUUUAGCAUUACUAUAUUGUUGUCAGAAGAAGUAUGAUAAGGCUUUAAACGCAUAUUUGAAGAUACAACACAAAGAUGUCUUCAAUCUGAUAAUGAAACACCAAAUGUUCUCUGUGAUAUAUGACAAAAUACUUGACCUGAUGAACCUCGACUGUGAUAAAGCUAUAUCAGUGUUACUUCAAGCUAAGACUAAAGUCCCUGUAGAAGUGGUCCAAAAACAACUAGAAAACAAUGAUUUUUUUCUGUAUAAAUACUUGGAUGCCUAUAGCAAGGUGGAGCCAAAUGGAAAAUAUCAUGGAAAAUUACUGCAGCUCUAUGCCAAGUAUGCUCGGAACAAAUUGCUUCCAUUUUUAAAGAGCAGUGAUAACUAUCCCAUUCAAGAAGCUCUAGAUGUUUGUCAAAGCAAUCAUUUCUACCCAGAAAUGGUGUUUUUAUUGGGCCGUAUUGGAAAUACAAGGGAGGCAUUGCAAAUUAUUAUCGAGCAUUUGAAUGAUAUCAACCAGGCCAUAAACUUCUGCCAGGAGCACAAUGACAAGGAGCUGUGGACAGACCUGAUCAAGCAAACAGUGGACAAACCUGAAUGUGUGACAUUGCUUCUAAAGCGGAUAGGCAACUAUGUGGAUCCUAGGAUGCUCAUACAGAACAUACAGCCCAACCAAGAAAUCAAAGAUCUUAAGAAGUCAUUAGUUAAAAUGAUGUGUGACUAUCAUUUGCAAAUGUCAGUCCAAGAAGCAUGCAAAGUAAUUACUUUGAGAAAUUAUUUUGAUCUACAUGAGAAACUUAUAAGUACCCACCAGCGAGGAAUAUCUGUUACUGAUGACUUUAUGUGUUGCGUGUGUCAGAGACGUAUCAUCAUGAGGGAUCUCUCCAAUGCCUCAGACCUGGUUGUCUACAAUUGCCGGCACUCCUUUCACAUAGAGUGUCUGCCUGAUGUUGUCAGCAACAUUUGUAGUGUUUGCAGUGCUGUUAAAAUGUGACCCAAAUGCUCAAUGAUUUUAUCACAGUGUAUGUAAUUUGUAUUUUUCCACAAUGUACCUUAUUAUUGCUUAUUUAUAUUAUAACAGUAAAUGAUCUAUUUAUUGAAUAUAAUUAACUAAUUAAUGGUG